AUGCUCGAAACAAAAAUGCCACAAUGGGUGAAGCUGGAGCUCCUUCCGGUCAUGUGCAGCGCGGGCUGCCGGAUGCUGGACUCCAUCAUCCAGCAAACGCCGGCGGAAGUUCUGCUCGAGAUCCUCGUGGUGGACGACGGGAGCAAGCCGCCCUUGGGGCCGCUGGUGACCGGCUACGGGAAGGUGACGGUGUUGAGGCACGAGGCGCGGCGGGGCCUCAUCAAGUCCAAGACCGAGGGCGGCAACGCCGCCAAGGGCGACGUGAUCAUGUUCCUGGACGCGCACGUGAAGCCCGAAGAAGGUUGGUAUCGCCCUCUCUUGAAGCACAUCGGCAUCAACUACAAGCGUGUGGUAGUGCCCGAGAUCCCCAUUUUGGACGGUGACACCUGGAAGACCGACGAGAACGCAGUGGGCGUGAAGAUGAUGUUUGACUGGAGCCUUUUCUUCAACUGGUUCGAGGAUGGCAACGACCUAGUGCCCUGCAUGAGUGGAGGCCUCUUCGCCAUCUCCCGCAGAUGGUGGCACGAGUCUGGGGAGUGA